CCACUAAAAACAACCGAUAGGGAGACUGUGAGGGUGAACCACAGCCGGUCUCAGGAUGCCUGCGUACGCCACCAACAUGAGGAUGAAGUUUCCCAUUGUAGCCUUGGCUUUGGAGAUUGUCAUCAUCAUCCUGUUUGCUGUGUUUGUGACCUAUGAUGAUGGGAAAAGUCACGGGCACGACCCACACAGCAACGCAACCCACCAUGAAGAGCCGCGGCCCAUGGAGCUCUACCCCAUGUUCCAGGAUGUCCACGUCAUGAUCUUCAUCGGCUUCGGGUUCCUGAUGACAUUCCUGAAGAGAUAUGGCUUCAGCAGCGUUGGCUUCAACUUACUCCUGGCUGCCUUCGGCCUGCAGUGGGGCCUUCUCACGCAGGGUCUGUGGCACCUGGAAGAUGGCAAGAUCAAAGUUACCAUCUUCAAAAUAAUCAACGCGGACUUCAGCACAGCUACAGUCCUGAUUUCCUUCGGAGCUGUUCUGGGUAAAACCAGCCCUGUGCAACUCCUCAUCAUGACCGUCCUGGAGAUCUCCCUCUUCUCCAUCAAUGAACAUCUGGUGGCCCAAAUCUUUAAAGCCAAUGACGUUGGUGCAUCCAUGAUUAUUCAUGCAUUUGGAGCCUACUUCGGCCUGGCUGUGGCUCGGGUACUUUACCGACCGGGUUUGAGGAACGGACAUGACAACGAUGGAUCUGUCUACCACUCCGAUCUGUUUGCUAUGAUAGGAACCGUCUUCCUGUGGAUGUUCUGGCCCAGUUUUAACUCGGCCAUAGCCGAUCCGGGGCUAACUCAGCUCACGGCAGUGAUCAACACCUACCUCUCCCUGGCUGCCUGCGUGCUCUCCGCCUACGCCAUCUCCAGUCUCGUGGAGCACAAAGGAAAACUGGACAUGGUGCACAUCCAGAACGCCACCCUGGCCGGUGGCGUUGCCGUGGGAACGUGUGCUGACAUGGCCAUUGGGCCUUAUGGGGCAAUGCUGAUUGGAUUUGUGGCCGGCAUCAUCUCUACUGUGGGCUUCAAGUACCUUACGCCCAUCCUGGCAUCCAACCUGGGCAUCCAGGACACCUGUGGCGUCCACAAUCUGCACGGCAUGCCGGGCAUCCUGGGAGGGUUGGCCGGUAUAGUGGCUGUGGCCUUGGGGAAAAAAGAGGGAGGUGAUGCUGCCAUGCAAGCUGCUGCCUUGGCUUCGUCCCUCGGGUUCGCUUUGGUUGGAGGUGCUAUUACAGGUUUCAUAAUGAAGUUGCCGUUCUGGGGACAGCCGCCAGACCAGAACUGCUAUGAUGACUCAAUAUACUGGGAGGUUCCUGAGGAGGAGGAGGAGCACGAGGAGAGCUUGGCUCACGCCGAUCACUCAAAGAACAAAGCGGAGGUUUAAUUAUCUGCUCGCCGUCCAUUCAUCUUGAAAACUAGGAAGUAAAAGACUGAUAAUCUGGCCCACCUGUCUGCCCAUAACAAUUCCUCAAUUGUAUUAAUGUACUUUUUUCCCCCACAAGACGAUUUGCUCUUCUGCCCAAAACAAGUCAAUAUUGAAACUGUUUUGUGAGCAAAGAUAUCUACAGAAAGUAGAUGCAACUAUUCCCACAAGCUUUCCCCUUAUGUUGUAGCAUUAAAGCAUGUUUGCAGAUAUUAGUAUAGUUAGCGUUUUACAUACAAUGUAUUAUAUU